CCACUUUCCUACGGCAUUCACACCACAAGGCAAGAAGGAAUCCUCGAACAUCGCAGCGAGAGAGCAAGCAGAUCAAUCCAGCGAGGAAGGAAGAGGGAGUGUCAUGGCUUCCACUGUGGCUUCCAAGAGGGUCGUCCCGCUGGUCCACGCGCUGGAGAAGCUCCUGGCCGCGUCGCCCGCACCCUGCGCUGGCUCCUCUCUCAGGCCGGUGGCAGUCGCCGGCGGCCUCCGCGGGUACAACACCGGCGCUCCGCUCCGGCGUUACGAGGGGACCGAGUCGGAGGACGACAGCGUCCGCGAGUACGAGGGCCGUCGCGUCGGCCGGGACUUCGCUGUGCCCAGCCUGUUCUCAGGUAAUGUUUUCCGUGAUCCGUUCAGGGCGCCGCAGAGCCUCGGCCGCCUGCUGAACCUGAUGGACGACAUCGCGACGGCGGCGCCGGGCCGCGCCGGUGCGGUGCGCCGUGGCUGGAACGCGAGAGAGGACGAGGAGGCGCUGCACCUGCGCGUGGACAUGCCGGGCCUGGGCAAGGAGCACGUCAAGGUGUGGGCGGAGCAGAACAGCCUGGUGAUCAAGGGCGAGGGCGAGGAGGAGGCCGGCGAGGACGAGAGCGCCCCGCCGCCGAGGUACACCGGCCGCAUCGAGCUGUCGCCGGAUGUUUACAGGAUGGACAAGAUCAAGGCCGAGAUGAAGAACGGCGUGCUCAGGGUGGUCGUGCCCAAGGUGAAGGAGGAGCAGCGCAAGGACGUCUUCCAAGUCAACGUCGAGUGAAAGUCAAAUUCGAGUCCGAGGGAGCUAGAAUAUCUCCUUUUUUUAGUCUUGAUCUUAAUAGGCUUUCUCUCUCGUCAUCUUGUGCAAUAAGCAAUGUAUUCAGGAACGGUUUUGCUUUUCGGUGUCAGAUCCAGCGGGAUUUGCAGUGUGUAUGGUGUUCACGCUUUCUCCUCUUCUAAUCGAAGGCGUUCUAGUAUCAGUA